UAGUGACAAUUGAACAGCUGUUAAAGUUUUUGGUUAUAGCACAAUUGCUUGAAGGCAUUUUUUUAGAUUUAUGUUAUUUAACAAUAAUGUCUUUUUUAUUGAGAAGAAUUGUGUCUACGGUUCGUCAACCAUGUGCUAUCAGCUCUUUAACAAAUUCCUUUAGAUCAUUAACUGUAAAUACAAGUACUUUGCUUCAAAAUACGAAACCAUCAAUUACAGAGUUACCGAAAUCCGUUUCAAUCACGGAAGAAACGCAAUGCACAGAAGUAUUUAAUAAAAUUAAUAAACAAAUACAAACUGGUGAACAAGGUCGUCUCUUCGCCGUUGUUCAGUUAUGCGGAAAACAGUUUAAAAUAACUGAAGGAGAUAUAAUUCUUGUAGAAGGCUAUUGGGCUCCUACUAUUGGAGACGAAAUUCGUCUUGAGAAAGUUCUUUUGGCUGGUGCCAAAGAUUUUACACUAAUUGGACGACCUAUACUGGAAUCAACACUUGUUCAAAUUAAGGCUACAAUCAUAGAGAAAACUUUAACCCAUACAAAAACACAUUUUAAGAAAAAGCGUAGAAAGCAAUAUAUGCGUAUUAACUUCCAGCGAUCUCCAAAUACUAUGAUUCGCAUAAACACGAUCAAAAUAGCUCCAAAAGUUGAUAUACCAUCAGGUGUUUUAAAUGAUAAAAGAAUAUACUAAAUCGAAUACAUUUUGCAUAUAAAAAUAGCUAAGUGAUUGAUUUUGAAAUGAUGUUCUAAAGUUUAAUAUUGUAUAUUAUAUAUGCUGUUUCAUAAUUGCAAUUUUCUUAUAACAAUGUUUUUAAUUAAUUAU